AUGUUAAACUACGUUUUAGAUUAUAUCCCAUACAUAGUUAUAGCUUUGUGUCUUAUAUAUCCUCUCAGAACUAUCAUUUACGAUCAAUUUCAAGCUGUUCUCUCAAAAAAAAAGGAUAUUGAUGUAGCUUCCGCUGGAGGAUUUAUUCCACUUCUUCGUAUACUUCACGCGGAACAAGGAGCAACGGUCACAUCUAAUCUUCCUUUUGAAAAUACAAUUUCUGUGGUGAAUUCCGAAGUAAUGAAAGCAACUUUACAAAUCGGUGAUAGGCCUAUUGGAUUAUUCAAGUUUUUGGUACCACUUAUAGGUGAAGAUAAUUUUCAGAUUUUUGAUGCCGAAAGAGCUGCGAGAUUUAAAAAAGUAAGCGGACCUGCUUUCGGUCAGGAAGUUUUGACAACAAAAUAUGACGAUAUGCGAAGUAUUGGAAUUGAUUUAAUCAAGCGGUGGGAAGAAAGUUUGAAUUUGCAAGACAGCGUUAUUAUCAGGAUGCAAGAGGAAUGUCUCGAAUUUGCUUUACGAGCAACUUCAAAGGCAAUCCUAAGUACCGACACGCCUCAGGACUUAGACUUUAAAAAAUUCAAACAAUCGUACGACGCCACGUUGAGUGGCUUGUUUGAUAAACAAUUUGGUCUCCUUGAUGAUCUUCGAGAAGAAGAACUCCAGCAAUCGCUCAAUUCUUUUCUUACUACAUUGAGUAAGUUAAUUAAUGAUAGGAAAAAUAAAAGUACAGAAGUAGAGAAUACUGAGAAGCCCGCGUAUGUCAAGGAUCUUCUCGAUAUUUUGUUGACUGAGAAUGAUCCAGACACUGGAUGCCCCUUUAGUGAUGAAAUGAUAAGAAGUAUUAUGAGCAUAUAUUUGACAGCUGGAUACCAUACUACUGGUGUCGCAAUUCCUUUUACUUUAUUCGCUUUAACACAAAAUCCAGAAGCUAAAGCAAGGCUUCAAGAGGAAAUUGAUGAAGUAUUACAAGAUCGUUUACCAACACUCGAAGACUUAUCCAAGAUGGAUUGUUUAACACAAGUGAUAAAAGAAGCUCUUCGAGUUCAUCCGCCAGGUACUUUUUGUGCCCGUUUAAUCAAAACAGGUUCUGUACUUUCCAAAGCAGUGGAAAAUUUCCAAGUGCAGACGGACAACACCACGAUCCUAUAUUGUAUCCCAUUGUAUCACGAGAAUCCAUCAUAUUUUGCUAACCCCCAAAAAUUUGACCCAUCUCGAUUUUCACGAGAAAAUAUAAAGAAUAUUAAACCGAACACUUAUUGUCCAUUUGGAUUUGGAGCUCGAAUGUGUCCAGCAGAGAGACUCGCAAUGGUUGAUAUUAAAAUAAUGGUCUGUAUGAUUAUGCAAAAAUUCGAUUUCGAAUUAGCUAUGAAAGUGGAAGAUGUGCAAAUGGAAGAAAGGUUUGUCGUCAUGGCUAAAAAUGAUAUUUUGAUAAAACUUAAACCAAGAAGUGGUAUAAAUGCCUAG